UAUAUGAGAGGGAUAAUGAGACUCUUGGUCCAGCAACACAUUAUGUGACCCCUACGAGGAGAUGGGCAGUCAGCAAUGUUGGUCUGCCUGCUGAUAGUACCAGUCCACAAUAUACAAGCACCUCUCUAUCACAAUUUACAAAUACCUUGGAUUCGUCUUUGUUCCAAAUUGCUCGAAUUUCAGCUGGAUCAUUAAGAUACUAUGGCUUGGGCCUGGAGAAUGGUAAUUACACUGUCAGACUCCUGUUUGCUGAGACAAUAAUUCUAGGCACUCGGACUUGGAGGAGUAUUGGAAGGCGUGUUUUUGAUAUUUAUGUCCAGGGUAAUCUGGUAAUGAAAGACUUUGACAUACUAAGAGAGGCCAAUGGAACCUUCUUAAGAGCUGUUGUGAGGGAAUUCAAAGUUCAGGUAUCGGAAAACUAUAUCGAUAUCCAUUUCUUUUGGGCAGGAAAAGGGACUUGCUGUAUACCUUUCUCUGGUACAUAUGGACCUUUAAUUUCAGCAAUAAGUGCAACUCCAGAUUUCAGACCUUCUGUCUCAGGGAAUCUUCCUGGUGGGAACAAGAACCGGACUGGUCUGAUUGUGGGGAUCACUGUUGCAGUUGCUGCUGCAAGUUUUCUUUCUCUAGCUGCAAUAUAUUAUGCCUUUCGGAGAAGAAAAAUGCAGAAAAAGUUUGAGGAUGAAGAGUUAUCAGGGUUUGAUGUGCGACCUUACACCUUCAGUUAUGCCGAACUUAAAACUGCAACGCAUGACUUUAAUGUUGCUAAUAAGCUAGGCGAGGGAGGAUUUGGACCUGUUUACAAGGGAACACUUGAAGAUGGAAGAGUAGUUGCCAUUAAACAAUUGUCCGUGGCAUCACGUCAAGGGAAGACUGAGUUUUUGGCAGAGAUUGCGACUAUAUCUGCUGUGCAACAUCGUAACCUUGUGAAACUGUACGGUUGCUGCAUUGAGGGAGAUAAACGCUUGCUUGUUUAUGAGUAUCUCAAGAACAAGAGUCUUGAUCAACUAUUAUUUGGAGCUGAGGGUAAAAGCUUAUAUCUCGACUGGGCAACCCGUUACGACAUAUGCUUGGGAGUAGCUAGAGGUCUUGCUUAUCUUCAUGAGGAAUCUCGAGUACGAAUUGUUCACAGAGAUGUGAAAGCCAGCAACAUCCUGCUUGAUUCUAAUCUCACACCCAAAAUUUCAGAUUUUGGCUUGGCCAAGUUAUAUGAUGACAGUAUGACCCAUAUAAGCACUCGAAUUGCAGGCACAGUAGGGUAUGUAGCACCAGAAUACGCUAUGCUUGGACGUCUUACUGAAAAGGCGGAUACAUUCAGUUUUGGAGUUGUAGCCCUGGAGAUUAUCUCUGGAAGGCCGAAUUCGAACUUGGGUUUGGAAGAUGACAUGAUAUAUCUUCUUGAAUGGGUUUGGAAUCUUCACGAAGACAACAGGGACAUGGAGCUGGUGGACCCAACUUUACAUCAAUAUGAUGCCAAAACAGUGCAAAGGGUCAUCGAUGUGGCUCUUUUAUGCACGCAAGCAUCCCCAGCUUUACGGCCCCCAAUGUCCCGUGUGGUUGCAAUGCUCUCCGGAGACAUUGAGGUGCCCUCUGUUAUUUCUAAACCUGGGUACCUUACCGACUGGAACUUUAGUGAUGUGACUACUUUUAUGAUGAGCGCCACGGGGGAGACUUCAACAUCAAAGUCUAAUACUAGUUAUAUGAACUCGAAAAGUGGAACCACCACCACAACAGAUUACGCUCAUUCACAUGAAAAUCCUGCAAUACCCAUUCUUCCUGACAGGAUUGGUUCCGGCAGAUGAUGGAGUCAAGGACUCUCUGUAUAGCAAGACAUUCUUUGUUUUGUUUGUGUACGUGAGAAAAGCUUUGGACAAUUUAAAGCUUUUGCUUUCCUCAGCAGAGUUUCCAUUAUUCUCCUAUGAUAUAUUGAUUCUUGAAA